AUGCCCGGCUUUAUCAGCAUUUCUUCAGUUCUGGCUCUCGUCUCUACGGCGACUGCCCAGUAUGCUCUUCCCGCAAAAGACGUGCCCUACACUGGCGGCAACGUCUUUAAGCAUGACGACCCAGCUGUGGCUAGUUAUCCCUUCUCUUAUAAGCCUCCCUUCUCACCAGAGCAGUAUGGCGGCUACUACUCCUGGUCGGUAAACAAUGAGACCGUCAGCGGUACCAACUUCACUGGCCACAGCGCGAAGGAGGGCUAUCUCAUUCCCGACGGUGCAACCGGCAAAUACCCUUUCUUCCUGAUUAACGAGGGGACUCCCCAGGCGAUGAACAGCUCCAAGCUUUUCCAAACAUGCUGCCCUUCUGCGGACAACGCCUGUCCGGCCAAUCAAAGCGAGGGCAAGUUCAAGAAGAUUCUUCACAUCAUCUUCGAGAACGAAGUCUACAAGUGGACUAUGGGCCAGGCCUACUGGAAAUUGCUGGCUACCCGUGGCAAGCUGCUCACCAGUAGCUACGCUAUUACCCACCCGUCUCUGCCCAACUACGCCGCUAUCGUCGCCGGUGACUUCUUCGGUAUGGCGAGUGAGGAUUUUUACAACGUGAACGCCACCACUAUUUACGAUCUUCUCGAGGACAAGGGUAUCUCUUAUGGUACCUACGCCGAGUGGUACAAUCCUAUUGCAACUCACCGUGGUCCAAAUGACUGCAACAACUAUAUUACCAAUGGUCCUAUCGAUAACACCAACCCGACCUGGUCGUCUCAGGUGUAUCGUCGCCUCGACGUCCCAGCCCUGCUUUUCAGCUCCUACACAAGCAAGUACGAUCGCUGUAGCAAGAUCUACAACACUAACAACACCUUCACCGAUCACGUUAUGUCACACACUCUGCCAGAGUACUCAUUCUACGUCCCGGAUAUGCUUCACAACGCCCAUGAUCCUACCUCCGACAGCAACUACUUCAACCAGCCGAACACGGGCGGCGAGUGGCUCAACUCAUUCUUGGAUUUGUACCUACCCGAGCUCGAGGCUCAAGGCACUUUGGUGGUUGCCACCUUCGACGAGGCUACCUGGUGGAACGAUGACGACUCCUCCCCCAAUAAUGAUAAUCACAUCGCCACUAUCCUGUUCGGCGCCGGCGUUACCCCCAACACCACCAAUGACAGCUACGUCACCCUAUACGGUAUGCUGCGUGGUGCCAUUCAGAAUUUUGGCCUGGGCUCGCUCGGCCGUAACGACACCAAUACCACCAACGGUAAUCUAUUCGACCUGGUUGAUUACUCUCACGGAAGCAAGAAAGCAAACUUGGAUAUUGGGGAAAUGGGACACGAGGAGAAGUGGUGA